AUGGCCUCUUGCAGUGUCUUUGCAGAGCCCGCGGCUACCCGAAUUGGCUCCCUCAACCUCGGGUUCCUGACGCUGAAGGAGCUACGGUCAACUGGCGUCCAGUCCAUCGUGCACAUGGCGCUCCAGAUGCCUGCCCCGGCAAGGGACCAGGUGGCUGGCAAGCAGGUCUGCAAGAGCCUCCAGGCCACCGCCCCGAAGGACUUCGCGGAGAAUCGGCGGCUUCUGCUCAAAGACUUUUCCAGGUCUGUCGACCCCAGUCUGCUGGGUCCGGCGACCUGUUUGGUGCAGUGGGGAAACCUGCACGCGCCGGAUGCGGAAGUGACCUUCACCCGGGUGAGCAUGACCAUCGAGGUGCGUGCCGGACAGAGCUUUGAGCUUCCCUGGGGCUGCCUGGAGCUGCCGGAAGUUCUGCUGCCAGGGCAGUCGCAUCCUUCCCAGCCCUGCUGGCCUAUCACCUUCAGCGUGGACAUGGCGGCGGCCUGCAUCCUUUGCUCCAUGCCUGGCGGCAUGAGCCGGGAAGUCGGGAGCCUGGAGGAAGGAUUGAAGAUCACGCCGUCGGAGGCUUCCUUCGUGCAGGCGCCCUCACAGGACUUCCUGGGGAGUCUUCAGAAGCUCCUCCACACGCCGCCGCGUUUCCGGGAGCCUGCAGAUGCCAAGGAGAGAAAGGCAGCUGCGAGCAAAGCGAGCAAAGAGAAGAGCCAGGGCCCAGAGGCGACCUACACCAAGCGGGUCACCCGAAGCAUGAGCGUGGCGGCCUCCAACCUCGCAGCUGUGGCCAAGAAGGCCGUGGAGGCAGCGAUCCCGGCGCGACGCAGUCGCAGUGCUCCCGGCUGCCCGAAGCCUCCGACGACUCCAGUUGCCAAAGUGGCCAGCCCGGCGAGGGCGAGGGGCGCAUCCCUUCAAAAGUCCGCCUCGCAGCCGCAGACAAGCCCAUCCUCACAAGAUGCCUCAAAGCAAGCAGAGCAAGUUCAAGGUGAGCAGAGCUCGGUGCAGAGUCGCACUGCACGAAGCCGAAGUCCCGUGCCAGCACAGCAAGCAGCGAAGGCCAAGCUACCAGCCAAGGCAGGUGCCUCACCAGCUGAGUCUCUCAAGACCGCCGAGGCUGGUGAGAAAAUUCCGAAGCAAAAGCCGCAGCAAGCCAAGCCGCAGCAGAAAAAAGACUCCAGGGCUACUCCCAAAUCCAGCGCCUCCUUGCCCCCACCUCGGCGACGCAGUCCCUCGCCUUCGAUGCGGAAGCAAGGCGAGAAAGCACCAGAGGCAGGAGCUGCUCCCCCUAUGCCGGACCCGAUGCCAGCACAGCAAGACACCACCGAGAAUCCGAAGCCCCCUGCAAGCAGACGUGCGCGGUCUCCAGUGCCUACCCCGGAGAGCAAGCAGGGGAAAGACUCUCAGAAGAAGCACAAGCAGACGAACCCGAAAUCUACCGGCAAGGUGAGGACACCCAGCACCUCCCUGCCUCCACCUCGACGACGCAGCCCGUCGCCUUCAACUCAAGCUCCGAAUGCGGCCGACACAACACAGCAAGCCCCCACUCCACGAGCGCCGAGCAAGGGAAGCGAUGCACAAGACAGUCAGCAGAAGCAAGAUGCCAGCGCCAAAGCAACCUCCAGUGCGAAGGUGAGGACACCCAGCUCCUCACUUCCCCCUCACCGACGCAGCCCGUCGCCUUCAACGUCUAGGCAAGGCCUUGCUCCGUCCGGCACAGCGCCCGAUGCAGGACGAGCACGGCGAAGUCCUGUACCUGAAGAGCAUCAGCAGAGGGCGGAGGCCACGGGAGAUUCCAGAGCGCCUCCGAAGUUCAGUUCUUUGGCGGAAGCUGCGAGUGCCGCACUUACAAGAAGGAGUCCCUCCCCUGCAAUGCAGCGUUUGGCAGAGAAGGUGGCUGUGAAUUCAGAAAGGGCUCUUCGCGCACGCAGCCGAUCUCCACUGUCAAAGUGGCAGGGCGCUGCUGAGGAGACUUCGAAAACCCAAAGACCAAGCGCGUCACCAGCAGCUACGCUGUCACAGCUGGGCAGCACAGGGCCAAGCGGCCAGCCGAAGCCACAGCAGAAGCCAGGCGCCAAAAGAGCUUCUGGCAACGAGGCUCCGGUGCCAACUUCCCGGCGCAGCCCAUCACCAGCACGUGAGGAGACAGAAGCAGCCAAACGCAAGCGAAGCCCGUUGCCUGCUGCACAGAAGGUGCGCAGCGACAACUCCGACAGGAUCGUGCACAAAGGAAUUGCUGCUCUACUGCAGGCCACACAGGCAAUGCCAGAGGCAGCGAGUGAGAAAGCCAUGGAGCACCGUUGCGCUCAGCCUCCCAAAAGGGAGUUGCUGUCGCCAGCACGAAGUCCCACCCCGAGACGCUCCGGUUCAGUGAGCCCAAGGAGGCUUCAACUUUCAGAUGCAAGCCAUGUCGCGAGUGAGGCGGCCGACCUGGGAAUCAUGCACCCGGAGUCGCUCAGGAAGCUCUGCAUGGAGCGAGGGCUCUCCUCGACGGGGCUCCGGACGCAGCUGAUCUCCCGAUUGCUGAUCCAGAGCAUGACCAAGAAGUUUGAAGACAGGGAGUCGAUUAGGUCUGGGACCACGAGCCCCACCUUUGCACCUUUCAAUGCCCUCCACAAGAGUGAGCUUCAGGCUGCCUGUGACCGCCAGGGCCUUCCCAGUUCGGGCAGUUGCAACGACUUGUUGUACCGGCUCCGAGAGCAGCGGCAGCAGAGGGAGACGACGUCUGAGAAGGCGGGCCCCGCAGUCACCGCGUUGGGAGGAGGCAGACCGCGGCCAGCGCGUGGGCUCUCCGUACCGCCGACUGUGCAGGCCAGGCCCGUGCCCCUCUCGCCAGCACCAGCCAGGUCUUUUUCCACGCCCCGCCAUCGAAUCCGAAGCAAAAGUCCCGCGCCAGCAGCCUGGACAAGCACACCCACACGGCGCAUCCGUGGCAAAAGCCUGGAUCCAGCCAGGUCCCUUGCCAGACCCAGUGAUCCAUCCACGCCAGUCCCUUCGCAGUCCCUUCCCAGGCCCAGCCCAAGGGUUUUGCGCUCACGAAGCAGCCUUGCAGCCCGAGGGGGCGCGAUGGUCCAUUCCCUCCUCACCCUCCGUCCAGAGCAGCUUGCAAGAGAAUGUAAGAAGAUGUGCUUGAGUCCCCAGGGGUCGCCUCAUGCCAUGGCAUGCCGCCUGGCAGCGGCACGCCUCGAAACUGCCUCGCCAGGCUCCAGCGCCACCGAGCUGGUGUCGCAACACUCUCCGAAAUCGGGUCAGCUUCCAAAGCCCAUCCUUCGUCAGGGACGCUCGCAGACCCCUUCGCGCCAGCCCAAGGCCAUGAAGGCCACCAAGGGGACCCCUACUUCGCGCGCGACCCCGCGCCGUCCCGCGCGCUCGCAGACCCGAUCUCCCGCACGCUCCCGCUCCCACGCCCGGUCCCUGCUUUGCGCUCUGCCCGGAGCCAAGCGCAGCGACUCCCCGCCCUCCACGCCGCCCCGACGCAGCGCCCCAAGGUCCCCAGUGCCCUCCACUGGCUCGAAGCUGCCGCGGGAGAUGAGGAGUCCGAGCAACAAGAGUGUUGGAAAGGCAGGCAAGGCGAAUUCUACACGCAGCCGGACCCCAGCGAGGACCACCCCAAGGCGAACGCCCCACCGCUGCGGCGGCGGCUGCCAUGCAAACACAAAGGCAGGUCUACCCUGCCAAAGAUCGGGUAAGAUCCGUCCGGCCCAGGCACUCUUCUACUAUUGCCACAUGCAUGCCCCCCUGUGGAGAGUCCACGAGCGCUGA